GUUGAGCGUCUGACAGAGUAAACGAAGCGCGCGGCCAGAGAUAGAAGGAGCAGGCUGGGACAGCGCGCAGAGCCGCUGUUUGGACACAUCUUUACUCUCAGAGAGCUUCGUUCACGUUAUUUCUUUACGACUUGAAAGUGUUAGCUUCUCGUUACCGUUUAGUUAUUUAACCAUUGUUGUGAAUGCAGUUCUGCUCCGACAAGAAGAUGAAUUCAUUGGGCAACUCUUCCAAAUGGCCAUCUUAUGAUUCGCUGAGCUCCACCUCGAGCCAUCUCUUCAGUGAGAGUGAGCAGACUGAGGAUGAAGCGGAUGUCUUCUCAGAGGGAGAAGGGGAUAGUGGAAUAAGAAAGAGUCUCACUGGCGACAACGGAAUAACACUCUUCCCAGCUCGUUCAGACCAACUGCACUUGAGGACUAAGAGCGACGGGCCUGAACGCUGCCCUGCCGAUGCUAAGCGUCCCGACCCGGCCUCUUCUCAUGGAGCUGCCACGCUAGGCUCAUCUUCAGCGACACCUGGGGACCGGGCCUUCGCGCAGAAAUGUGCAGAUUUGCGGAGGUUUAUUGGUCCUUUGCUGGAACUUCUACAUGGGCUAAAGACCGGACGAUUUGACAAGGGUCUAUCAAGUUUCCAGCAGAGUGUUGCCAUAGACAGAUUGCAGAGGAUUCUUGGAAUUCUACAGAGGCCGGAAAUGGGUGAGAAAUACCUCCAAAACCUGCUGCAGAUAGAGAUGAUGCUCAAAAUAUGGUUCCCUCGGGUGGCAUAUCAGUCCACAGAUAUACCAAGCGAGACCACCACUCCCAGAGUCCGACCACACUGGUGUCAAAACCAGCUCCACAUGCCAGUGAAGAAAAGAAAGCUGAGCUGGUCAGACCGCGAUGACCCCAGCAAAGUCCCAACAAAGCACAAGCACUAUCAACAUGGGAGCUGCCAGGCUGCGACUCCAGUUGCCACCGUUUCCACAUGUCUACCAGGAUCACCUAAGAAGCAGAGAGCUUCUGAGGAAGGAGCAGUAGAACCAGCUGAGCAUGAGUUUACGUACAGCACCACGGUCACUUUAAACAGGCCAUUUUCUUCAUGUGGCAAGAGAGAAAAUGAGAAUCGGAAGCCGUCUGAGCUUCCUCUGCCCUGCCCUUGUGAAAGCCUGGCCACACAGGACAGCUCUGUGUCCUCUAGUGACAUCAUGAUUACAACUUACUCAACUUAGCUGUCCUUGCUACCACAUGGAGGUGCCACUGCAUGAGUGAAGGCGGAGGGUUGGACUUGAUUACAUAAGGUUAAAGUUUGACGCAGAGCCAGUCUGUGAUGACGGCAAGGCAUGUAAACCCGAAGAGGAGGUGGAGGGGGAGUAAUGCAGUGGCACUCAUUAACCCUUAACUCUCUGGUGUUUUGUUUUUCUAUUACACCAGAAUUAUUGAUCUACAAUACCAAUAACUGUGUAUUGUCUGUCUGUAAGAGUCUCAUUUUUGUAUACAUUGACUUUUACAAAGUUAAAACGAUGUUGGAAAUACUUUUCAUGUGUAAUGUUUUAAAAAGCAGUCCAUGCUCUGUUUUGGUAUUUUUUCAUAUCACGGUUCGACAGUAAAAAAAAACCCAGACAAAACAUUGUUUUUAUAAAAGUGAGGCAACACGUUACAGUUUUGAGCUGAAAACAUUAGUCAUUUGUCCAUAAAAUAUAUAUAUAUAUAUAUAUAUAUAUAUAUAUAUAUACACAAAAGAAAUUAGAACAGAUGAUUAAAAUGGCAUUUAGCUAAAGUUAAAAUAGUAUUUUGCCAGCUGAUUGAUUGUACCUUUUUAUAGGGGAGCAAGGGCUGCCAAAAUGUGCCAAACAAACCCGCUAUGCAUUAUCAUAUGCACCAUACGUCACUGUCCCUACGUCUUUAUUUAUUAGCACGUAACAAACAUACACACAAGACACUUUUUGUUUCUAUGUAAAUAAAAAUAGAUGUAGUUGCACUUGUAGUUCAAGAGCAAUGAGAUCCUUGGAGAGAUGUUAAUAUCAGUGAGGUAAUUAACUUGAUUUGAGUUGAAAACAGAACAUUUUAUUACACAAUUUAGUUUUUUAAGUGACUAUAUUUUUAUAUUUGAGAACAAGCAUAAUAUAUUUGAUCCCUUGUACAUUGGAAUGGAUUUACCUGAUAUUUCUUAUUAAAGAUCUGUUUAAGUGGA